UGAUUGCUGUUCUCGUUUUUGUGGAGAAUGUGACAUUCGUAUUUCGUAUGAAUAUCCAGUGGCAUUGGCAAAAGUCAUCUGAUAAAAUUUAAAAUAUGGAUGAUAACGAUCCAUUUGAAGAGGACAUUGUAUUCGACCAAGCUGGCCUACUUGGAGGGAAGAACACCAGAAACCGUCAUCAUUAUAAUGCAACUGGUUUUCUGCCAACAUUUAUGCUCUUCAGCCGGACGCUGUUUUUGUGCGUGGCCUUUAUUGGACUGGGUUUGUGUGGCUCCAUCAGUCGAGGUCCUGUAAUCAAAGUGCAAGAAUGGCUGGGAGUUAAAGAGUGGGAAGCACUGCACACCUUCACUGCUCACAGCAUUGGAGCAUUGUGUGGAGGCUUGCUUGGCUCCAAGUUAUUUGACCGGUACAACCGUCAGUUCCUAGUGUUUGUGUCACUUGUGUGGGUUAGUGUGAGUGUCUCUAUCCUGCCCUUCACUAUCCCUGUGAGCCUCUGGUGGAUGCGGUCUACACUUGUGGCCAUCAGUGCAGGAAUUGCUUUCCUCUUCACUGGAGGCAACGUCCUUUGCUUGGACCUGUGGGGACGUCAAGGAGGUGGAGCUUCUCUGCAAGCUCUGCAUUUCAGUUAUGCUUUAGGCGCCUUCAUUGCACCGGUUAUCAUCCAUCCUUUUUUUGCUGGCCAGCAUCUGCCGGUGUUGAACAACAGUGUUGCUCUUGCCACCACCACCACCACCACCACCAGCACCAGCACCAUUAUGCCAUUCACUUUGCCCUCAGGCGGACCAGCGACCACCAGCCUUCACAGCACCAAUAACUUGCUGCCUUUUGAACCGAGCUCACAUGCCGCCUUGCAGCACACUGCUCAGGAUCUCGAUGUAAUCCCAGACGCCAGAAGUGAUGUUUAUGAGGAUGAAAAUCUUGUUCGCGUUCCGAGGACUCUCGUUCCAAUUCGAAGAAUAAGGGAAGCUGAUCUUAUGACAUAUAGUCAAAAUGAUCUAUUGAAACUUACUCUACCACCUGUGCAAAACCAUUCUGGAGUUGUUCAAAAUUCAACUUUUACCACAUCUCAGAAUUUGAAUAGCACGUCCAACAGCACAGACGGGACUCUCUCUAGUUCUAGAAGUGUGGACUUAGCUGUUGCCACUGCAUCUACGGUCGCAGCUCCUAUCAAUAAUAGCACCAAACCUGUGAGACCGAAGCCUUCUCACACAGGCGCCAGUGUCAAGAACGAAGACACUUCCCAAUGGAAGAAACCUGCACCAGGUGCACAGUCUGGCGACGCUCCUGCUGCCGUCUCUAUCGCCGUUACCACUGAGGUGUCCAUUGCAUCUAACGAAUCUCAAAUCUUAACGAAAAAUGAGAGUUUGCUUCCUGGUCCUAUAGUCAACGGUUCUUCUUCAGGAACUAAGCCUGAAACUGGAAAUUUUAGUGCACCAAACAAUACAAAAUUUGAGGCCUUAAUGGCUCUUAAUGACACCGCAAAUAAAUCAGUAUCUAUUGAUCCGGUGCAAUCACUGGAAAGUUCUACAACGCCUCGCACUGCGGUUGUCAUUGAAAAUCAAAUGCAUCCGAAGUUCCUUAGCACUACUCCACUGCCAUCCCGUGUAGACGUUACGUCUCCAGCUGCUGUCGACGAUUCUCCUUACGGUGCUGUUGAUGCCCUUUAUAAACUUCAAAUGUCCAGUAAGUUGUCACCUUCCGAUCUCCAAUUGAACAAUGCCGUAUCCGAGUCUAUGAGUUCAACGGCUGAAACUGACCGAAAACGCGUUUCUAUCAGCCUAUCGCCGUCCCGCUUGCCUGACGCUGUUAGUGUUAGUAACCAUUUGUUUGAGAAGCCUAUGAAUCAACAAAAUGUUUUCUCGGACGAACAAAUGUCGAUCUCGGUUCAAGGUCCUGAAGUGCUUGACUUGAAAGAACCUGAAACCGAAAUGUCGGUCAGCCUUCCUCUUGAAACUAAUGAUACGAAACCACUAAAUGAUACAGAAUCAAAUGGAAGUAAAAUAAUUCAUUCAAUUGUUCGAUUGCUAAAAAAGCCUGGAACUUUCAGUAACAUCACUGAUGACAACAAAUUUAUAGAGACAAUUGCUCAAAAAUUCAAACGAUACGGAGUUACUAAAAUUCAUCUUGCAUUUAUUUGCAUUGGCGUGUUUGUGUUGAUCAACUCCAUGAUCUUCGUGGUAAUACUUUGCCACAACCCACGAGAACCGCGAUCUAAACAAGAGGAGGGCAGUCUUGACAGGUCCUCUCACUCGCGCUACGCCUUCUUCAUGGUGCUCUUCUCCUUGUUCAUGUUCACUGCCGAGGCUUUGGAAGGAGCCAUUCACCACUUGUUGGCAUCCAACUCGGAAGGAAGCGGUCUGGGAAUUUUAGACAAGGGCAUCGAUGGACCAGCUUUGUUUUGGGGCUUAGUCUGCAUCGUAAGAUUUUUGUGUAUUUUGUUUUCCGGCUGCCUUCGUCUCAAGCCAGGCAAGUUGCUUGGUAUUUCCAUCUUCUUAGAAACAUUAGGAACAAUUUUCUUGUGUGUUGGAUCGUUCGGUAAAGAAGACUUUCUUUGGUCCGGCAUCAUCCUUUCUGCGCUUGGCCUCGCUCCUAUUCUUCCUACUAGCCUGCUAUGGAUGGCCCAAUACAUGCACGUCACCCACAAAAUGUGCGCAAUUAUGAUCAUUUUGACAUCAUUCGGCAACUCGUUGACUCAUGGAGGCCUGACUCAUAUCGCUGCCAAUUCACAUCUCUACUCCUACAUCUUGGUGAUCAUGAGCCUUGCUUCGAUGUUGUUGCUCCUGGUCUCGUGGUGCCUGAUUUACUUCAAUGGAGGCAAUAGCAGCACAGGAGGACCUGGCAGCACCAGGCGUGCUGCAGGCAGCAUGACCACUGACCCAUCCAGUGAUGGGUACCACCUCGCACGUCAGCACGAGGAGGAGGACGAAGACAUCGACUUGCACGACCGACUGGAGAUGUCACGUCAGGGAAUGCGACGAGCGUCGUCACUUGCUGGGAGUUUCGAUGACGAUUAUGGAGCUGAGAAGCCCGCGUUGGAUCGUAGUCAGCACCGUCAGCUUCAUCACAUGCACAGCCUCGAGCACGAGGAAGCUGGCCAGUCGCUCCUCAUUGACUAAAUGCCACCGCAUGGUUCUUGCGCAAAUACGCCCACUAUUUUUAGUGAUCAUAAUCGUGUCUAAUACAAUGUAGCUGUGCUAUGUCGUUAUUGUACAAUGGCUUGUUCGUAAGUCGUUGAUUUGAUUUACGAACGUUGAUUACGUUGAUUUGUUUCGCGAGCUAUACCAGUUAUACCACUCAUUGUUGCUCAAUGGUAAUAAACUUUCCAUCUUCUUAGCCUUUCGAAAAGAAGCGUGAAUUAUUCAGGUCAAGCCUGUAAUUUUUUAAAUUCUUAUUCCAAAGCAAGCUGCUCAGUUCUUUCGCAAGAUUCACUCACAGUAACAAAGCCAAGAUAUUAAACUUACUUGAUCUCUGUUAGUUUUUACCCGAGAAAAUGUUAAUUUGCCAUCAAAUUUUUGCCUGCUGAGCUCAUGGCCUCUGUUAUUAUCAUUAUGUUUGUCCUAGCAUGAACGCUUGGAAGUACGCAGCUUGCGCAAAUGUAAUACGUUGUUGAUAAAAAGCGUUCAUCACGAUUGUUUCAUGGUGCGAUAGACACCACAAAAAUGGCGAAAUCUUCUCAUAAUCCAACUGGUCCUUGAUUUUUAUUAAAAUUGUCUGAAAAAAUUACUGGAUUGCAAGACCGCAUAUUGUUUCUGUUAGCUUUACGUUCAGAUUUUUAUUGACUUACGGUACUCAUGUGUAACUUGCUAUAUUUUAUCUGUGAUUAGAUUAUUAUGACGAAAAGGUGUACGUUUCUAAUUUGAUAUUUUUAUUUAUUUUUCUCGUAUUGCAGCGUAUAUUACUUGCUUCUUAUUAUUUUAUGGCUAUUGCAUACGCUCCAUGGUUCGCGCUGCAGACUUGUGCAUAUUUUUCUCUGCGCAUUUAUUUAGUUAAAUUUCUGUGGUUCCAGGAGGUUGUAUUCAGGAUACAGGAUCGUAGCGCUGAACAUCUGUUUGCUGUUUGCGUUGAUAUUCACUCUGAAAAUUUCCGUUCUUCUGUUCUGGAAAGUCGGCAUGUCAGUAUAAUUCCUGCGUUUAAAAAUUACACUGAUUUUUCUUCGAAUUUGAGUUUGGGACGAAAUUAAAAAAUUGACUGCUGUAGUUACUGCAAUCACCAUCGCCAUUUAUUACGCGGCAAUAUGCUUUUAUUCAUGAAUUAUCUGAAGAAAGGGACGAUACUGCCAAUGCUAUUCUUUUUUAUAUCAGUUUUAGUUUUUUACUAAUUAAUUUUUGGGAUUUGGUUUUACUUAUUUUUCCUUUUUUUACUUAUUUGGCAAGUCUUUUCGCUUCUGCGUCACAAUUAGCGAGCUCUGUUCUAAACAAUAUCGUUUUUUUCUAUUUUGGUCGAUAUAAUGUCUGUAUAGUACCUUUGUAUUAAGACCUAAGCCACUAGUCAGUUGUCAUUAUAUAAGCCUUGAGGUAGCGAUGUCCUUUAUACUCUCAUGUUAGCAAUAAAUGUUCAGUGUAGAAGACCCACAUACUUUGUGUAGAUAUGCUCUAUAGGUCUGCAUGCACGAGUAUUUAAGACCUAUGUACUUUAAAUAACAUGUCCUACAUGCCUUUCCUGAAUAUGGAAAGCCUGUAUACUUGACAUAAAAAGAACCUGAUGGCCUACACUGAGUAUAUAAAAUCAAGAUACUUGGUAUUAUAUGUCUCCUGCAGACCUAUAUUAUUUACCCUCCUCUUGUCUUCAUUCCUGGUAUACGCCUCAUGCCUCCUGGGCAUAGUGUUGGAAUUGCGGGUCAUUUUGAUGCCAAGACAACAGGAGGGUUAAGUAUACAUGGGCCAUAAAUACUUGCAAUAUUAGAGUCGUCUCUAGAAUCGUAGUAAUGUGCUGUACACUUCGUAAGCAUUAUUUUGUCGAGGUUUUGUUUGCCUCUUCAAAGUAAGGAAGAAACUUGCGUGUGUUGCUGGGGGAACGGAGCUGCGGAGGCGGGAGGUGCGUGCGAGCGCUGAGCUUCCUAAAGACAAUUCAGGCGUGGCAGAUUUGCUGUAAAUUAUAGCACAUUUUAUUUGUAAAUUAUAGUACAUUUCUAACGAUAAAAUGUAAGCUUUCAUAUUAUUGUUGCAUUUAUUUAUUUCUUAGUAAGUUUUAAGUGCGCUUUUAUUUUGUUGUCUCUAUUCUAUGAAAUGAGUUUUGCUCAUAGAUUUAUUGAAUUUCUAUCUUCAUUUAUUGUAAAACAAGUUUCACAUACUUUUUGUAUGUGUCUAUGCUACCUAAGGGGGUUCGUUAAUCAAUUUAUUGUAUUUGUUACCAACAUUUUUUGUAGUAUAAGUUUUUCGACUCUAUCUACAUAAGGGGAGAUAAUGUAAACCUAGAAAUAAGGUUUACAGUUAUAUUUUUAUUAUUCCA